AUGGAGAGACCAAUGAAUAUUAAUAUCAGCAUCCCUAAGGAUCGUAUAUCUCAAGAUAUCCCAUUACUUCCAAAUCCCAUUGUAUGUCUAAUAUGUGGAUGAAUUCCUUUAAAUCAUCUCGUGUGAGAUAACUGCUCUGUGGAUUUCUGUGAAGCUCAUUUUUAUGAGAAACUUUACGACAAUGAUUUUAAGAGCCCUUGCUGUGGAAAUACUGACAUAAAAGUAACCAGUAGAGAAGUUAAAAUAGACGACAUUCAGAUAAAAUGAUACUUCUCUGGUAGGACCAACUGAAACUACGAAGGACCCUUAGGGAAAUUGAUCAAACACGAGAAGAGUUGUUUCCUAAAAUCAGAGUAAAAUAGCAAGUAUGGCCUUUAGUUUGAAUUC